CGCGAAGCCGGGGCGUUUGAGCCUGCGGGCGGACCGUACCGCCGGCCGGAAGCGCGGUGCGCGAGCGGCCGUGAGGUCUGGUGGCGGCCGCGGUGGCCGGGGAGGCCGCGCGACGCCGUCUGUCUGUCUCCUUCUGACAGCCCCCAGCGCGAAGGGCGUCGCCAUGUCGUCGGUGAGCCCCAUACAGAUCCCCAGCCGCCUCCCGCUGCUGCUCACCCACGAGGGCGUGCUGCUGCCCGGCUCCACCAUGCGCACCAGCGUGGACUCGGCCCGCAACCUUCAGCUGGUGCGGAGCCGCCUGCUCAAGGGCACGUCGCUGCAGAGCACCAUCCUGGGCGUCAUCCCCAACACGCCCGACCCGGCCAGCGACGCUCAGGACCUGCCGCCGCUGCACAGGAUUGGAACAGCUGCUCUGGCAGUUCAGGUUGUGGGCAGUAACUGGCCCAAACCCCACUACACUUUGCUGAUCACAGGCCUGUGCCGUUUCCAGAUUGUACAGGUCUUAAAAGAGAAGCCAUAUCCCAUUGCUGAAGUGGAACAGCUGGACCGGCUUGAAGAAUUUCCCAGCACCUGCAAAACUAGGGAGGAGCUGGGAGAACUGUCAGAGCAGUUUUACAAAUAUGCAGUGCAGUUGGUUGAAAUGUUGGAUAUGUCUGUCCCUGCAGUUGCUAAAUUGAGACGUCUUUUAGAUAGUCUUCCAAGGGAAGCUUUGCCAGACAUUUUGACAUCAAUUAUCCGAACAAGCAACAAAGAGAAGCUCCAGAUUUUAGAUGCUGUGAGCCUGGAGGAGCGGUUCAAGAUGACUAUACCCCUGCUUGUCAGACAAAUCGAAGGCCUGAAGUUGCUCCAGAAAACCAGAAAACCCAAGCAGGAUGAUGAGAAGCGGGUUAUAGCAAUACGCCCUAUGAGGAGAGUCACACACAUCCCAGGCGCUUUAGAAGAUGAGGAGGAAGAUGAAGAUAACGAUGACAUCGUCAUGCUAGAGAAGAAAAUACGGACAUCCAGCAUGCCAGAGCAGGCUCACAAAGUCUGUGUCAAAGAGCUGAAAAGACUCAAAAAAAUGCCUCAGUCAAUGCCCGAAUAUGCUCUGACUAGAAAUUAUUUGGAACUUAUGGUGGAACUUCCUUGGAACAAAAGCACAACUGACCGCCUGGAUAUUCGGGCAGCCCGGAUUCUUCUGGAUAAUGACCAUUAUGCCAUGGAAAAAUUGAAGAAAAGAGUGCUGGAGUACUUGGCUGUCCGACAGCUGAAGAAUAACCUAAAGGGCCCAAUUCUCUGCUUUGUCGGCCCUCCUGGGGUUGGUAAGACAAGUGUGGGCAGAUCAGUGGCCAAGACGCUGGGUCGUGAGUUCCACAGGAUCGCGCUGGGAGGAGUCUGUGAUCAGUCUGACAUUCGAGGACACAGGCGCACCUACGUUGGCAGUAUGCCUGGUCGGAUAAUCAAUGGUCUGAAGACUGUCGGGGUCAACAACCCAGUGUUCCUGUUAGAUGAGGUUGACAAACUGGGAAAAAGUCUACAAGGCGAUCCUGCCGCAGCUCUGCUUGAGGUGUUAGAUCCUGAGCAAAACCAUAACUUCACAGAUCAUUAUCUAAAUGUGGCCUUUGACCUUUCCCAAGCUCUGUUCAUAGCCACUGCCAACACCACCGCUACCAUACCAGCUGCCUUGCUGGACAGAAUGGAGGUCAUCCAGGUUCCAGGGUAUACCCAAGAGGAAAAGAUAGAGAUUGCCCAUAGGCACCUGAUCCCAAAGCAACUGGAACAACAUGGGCUGACUCCUCAGCAGAUUCAGAUCCCUCAGGUUACGACUCUUGACAUCAUCACCAGGUAUACCAGAGAGGCAGGGGUUCGUUCUCUGGACAGAAAGUUAGGGGCCGUCUGCCGAGCCGUUGCUGUGAAGGUGGCAGAAGGACAACAUAAAGAAGCCAAGUUGGACCGUUCCGACGCGACUGAGGGAGAAGGUUGCAAAGAGCACAUCUUAGAAGAUGCAAAGCCUGACUCUAUCAAUGAUGCCACCGACCUGGCCCUGCCACCUGAAAUGCCAAUUUUGAUUGAUUUCCACGCUCUGAAAGACAUCCUGGGGCCACCGAUGUAUGAGAUGGAGGUAUCUCAGCGUUUGAGUCAACCUGGGGUGGCAAUAGGAUUGGCUUGGACGCCCUUAGGUGGAGAGAUCAUGUUUGUGGAAGCAAGUCGAAUGGACGGAGAAGGCCAGCUGACACUGACUGGCCAGCUGGGGGAUGUCAUGAAGGAGUCUGCCCACCUUGCCAUCAGCUGGCUGCGCAGCAAUGCAAAGAAGUACCAGCUGACUAAUGCUUUUGGAAGUUUUGAUCUUCUUGACAACACAGACAUCCAUCUGCACUUUCCAGCUGGAGCUGUCAUGAAAGAUGGACCAUCUGCUGGAGUUACCAUAGUAACCUGUCUCGCCUCCCUUUUUAGUGGGCGGCUGGUACGUUCAGAUGUAGCCAUGACGGGAGAAAUUACACUGAGAGGCCUUGUUCUUCCAGUGGGUGGAAUUAAAGACAAAGUUUUGGCAGCACACAGAGCAGGGCUGAAGCGGGUCAUCAUUCCUCGGAGAAAUGAGAAAGAUCUGGAGGGGAUCCCCAGCAAUGUACGACAGGAUUUAAGUUUCAUCACAGCAGGCUGCCUGGAUGAAGUUCUCAAUGCAGCUUUUGAUGGUGGCUUUACCGUCAAGACCGGACCUGGUCUCUUAAAUAGCAAACUAUAGGCCCAAACCUCAGCUUUUUAGAAUUUUAAGUUUCAAAGUGCCAAAAGGUACUGACAAGGUGGAUUUUAUCCACACCAGUAGGGUGUGCAGAACGUGCCUGCUUUAUAAACACAAUCGCAGCAGUGCUGAGCCUCACUCAGGCAGUAGCUAGUGUGUUACAGAAAUAUGUUGAUUCAAUAAAUUGAUAAAAAUUGA